AUGGCAGAGAGGUUUGAAAGAAGGGGCAGUCACGAUGAUGGAUAUGCCGAGUCGCGCGACGAGGGCUCUCUGAGAAAGUCGGUGGUUUAUGUGAAUGAGACUGCGAGCCAUGGCGACGAUGUAUCAGAGGACGCAGACGCGGAAGGGGAAGAGAACAGACAAGAUCAGAAAUAUCCAUCAAAACUACAGUUGAUGCCAAUUUUGAUCGGGAUCUGCCUUCAGUCUGUUUGCAUUGCCUUGGACAACACGAUCCUCUCGACAGCGACGCCCAAAAUCACAGAAGAGUUCAAUUCUCUGGAAGAUCUGUCUUGGUAUGCGAGUGCAUAUCUUUUGACAACUUGCGCUGUGACACUCCCCUUUGGCAGAGUAUACACUUUCUUCUCCACCAAAUGGACGUACCUGAUCGCCUUGGCUUUGUUCGAAGUUGGGUCCUUUGUGUGUGCUUCAACCCCUACUUCAAAAGGCCUUAUCGUAGGAAGAGCAAUAGCGGGCAUUGGAUCCGGGGGAAUGUCACCGGGUGCUUUGCUACUUCUGUCCGAGAGCGUCCCCCUGCAUCGCCGCGCCCUGCACUUUUCCAUAAUCGGAAGUGAUCACACCCUGGCGGAUCUUCAGCUGACUGUUCCGUAUAGACUAGGAGGGUUCCUCACCGAUCGUGCGAGUUGGAGAUGGUGCUUUUGGAUCAAUCUGCCCGUCGGAGCUAUAACGGGACUCUUCAUCUUGGUUUUCUUCCGAGAUGCCCAGGGGUCCACAAUUACUGACUCCGGAUGGCUGAGCAAGAUCAAACGGAUGGACCCAUCGUGGGGAGGCUCACGCUUCUCCUGGACAAGCCCAAGGAUAAUUGCCCUUUUGGUGGUAUUUGCCGUGUUUGGAAUAUCAUGGUGUGCGAUACAGAUCUGGAAACAGGACCAUGCCACCGUGCCACCUCGUCUACUGAGGAAUCGCAAUGUUCUUGGAGCGGUGGUACACGCCAUGUUCUUGGGGGGCUCGUUUUUCGUUUUUGGUUACUACCUUCCGAUAUGGUUCCAGGCUGUGCGGCAAGUCUCGGCCGCCGAGUCUGGAAUUGACAACUUACCCACGGUUAUCACCAUGAUCGUCUGCUCGACCUUUGGUGGCCUGCUUGUGAACAUGAUCGGCUACUAUACGCCACUCAUGUUCCUCGGAAGCGCUCUCCUAACAGUCGGAUUCGGUCUGUGUACAACCUUCAAAGUUCACAGUAACUACAGCGCCUGGAUUGGCUACCAGGUCAUCAUUGGAAUUGGAGCCGGAGUCGGAUUCCAACAAUGCUACAAUGCUCUUCAAACGGUCCUCCCGUCGAAAGAUUUGCCAGUCGGGAUUGCAAUCAUCACCUUUUCGCAAAGUUUGAGUGGAGCUCUAUUCGUUUCGAUUGCCCAGAAUGUCUUCCAGACUCGACUCGUGGCAAAUCUGACGCGAUAUGCGCCACAAGCCGAUGCAGCAGCCGUCGUUCAAGCUGGUGCGGCAAACCUCGCCCAUAAAAUACCCCCUUCACUCCUUCCUUCUGUGCUAUAUGCAUACAAUCUCGCGAUCACCAGAACCUUUUAUGUGUGUGUCGCCAUGGCUCUCAUCUCAUUCUUGGGGGCGUGCCUGGUUGAAUGGAGAUCGAUGAGAAGACUGAAAAAGGCGGCCGAUAUAGUUGAGGAGGCGUGA